AUGGUGGCCAUGGCCAAGGGCAUACCUGCAGCCCAGCAGGAGGGUCUGGGACAAAACGAUGCCAUGGUGGAGACAGCCAAGGAAGCCACAGAGCCCACCAAGGUGGACGUCACGGGGCUGUGCCAGGACAUGUUCUCCAAAAUGGCCACAUACCUAACAGGUAAGCUGACAGCCACCAGUGAAGACUAUAAACUCCUGGAAAAUAUGAACAAACUGACUAGCUUGAAGUAUCCAGAAAUGAAAGAUACUGCAGUAAACAUAAGUAGAAACCUAAAGGACUCAAACCAGAAAUCUGCAGCACUUCAGCCUUAUCUGGAUCAGAUCACUUUAACUGAGGAACAAGUAGCAGCUCUUCAGCAGGCAGCUUACAAGUUGGAUGCAUAUUCAAAGAAACUAGAAGCAAAGUACAAGAAGUUAGGGAGGCGAUGAAAGAAUUCAUUAGCACAAAGACUUUAACU